GAAUUUCUUAAAUCCAGUAAAGAAGAAGAAAUGCCAUCAGGCAGGUUUUUUGGUUCAUUGUCAACACCAAGGGUCGAUAUUACAAUUGACACCGGCAAUCAUAUUCUGAAUCACACUUCAGAUGGUUUCUUGAAGAUUGGAACUGUUGCAGCUACGAGGUCAAUUGCAGAUGAUUCAUUUAAAGCUAUCAAUAGAGGGAAGAUAUCAAAACACUGUUUGGAGCACUCUGUCAAGAAGAUGUGCAAAGAGAGUGCUUAUUGGGGAACUGUAGCUGGAGUAUAUGUGGGAAUGGAGUAUGGGGUAGGGAGGAUCCGUUGCCCAACGGACUGGAAGAAUGCCAUGAUCGGAGGAGCCCUAACAGGGGCCAUCGUCUCUGCGGCCACCAACAACGACAAAGAACGAAUUGUAUCAGAUGCAUUCACAGGCGGUGCCAUUGCCACUGCCUCAGUGUUCCUAAACAACAUGUGA